AUGAAUUUUGUUUUGAUGGCUGAUGAAUUGUAUAAGAAAGGUAUCGAUGGGAGUUUAUCGAGAUGUUUGGGUCAAAAUGACCAAAAUAUUGCUUUGGGUGAAGUUCACAAUGGGAUAUGCGGUGCCCAUCAGGCUGGAAAAAAAAUGAGGUGGGUGUUAUAUUGCAAUCAUGUAUAUUGGCCAUCCAUGAUUAAAGAUUGCAUUGAUUAUGCAAAAGCAUGUCUAGAAUGCCAGAAACAUGGCUCGAUUCAACAAAUCCCAGCAUCCGAAUUACAUUCGAUAAUAAAGCCAUGGCCAUUUAAAGGUUGGGCUUUGAAUUUAAUUGGGUUAAUUCAUCCUCCUUCAUCAAAACAACACAAGUUUAUCUUAGUAGCAAUUGAUUAUUUUACAAAAUGGGUUGAAGCGAUUCCCUCGAUAGAAGCUAAUGGGCAAGUAGAAGCAGCAUAUAAGAUUUUGAUAAGUUUGAUAAAAAAAAAACAUAUUGGAAAUAAGCCACGAACAUGGCAUGAAACUUUAAGCCAAGUCUUGUGGGCUUAUCGAAACUCACCAAGGGGUUCGACAGGUACUUCGCCAUAUAAGUUGGUGUAUGGUCAUGAUGCAGUGUUACCACUAGAGAUAAAUCUAAAUACUUUAAGAAUAUCAAAGCAGAGUAAUUUACUAGUCGAUGAUUAUUGGAAUGCAAUAUUCGAUGAAUUGAGCGAGUUAGAUUCGGAGCGAAUUUUGGCACUCGAUAACAUGAUUCGACAGAAAGCAAGUAUUGCUCGAAGUUACAAUCAUCGAAUCAAGGAAAAGUCUUUUAAUAUAGGUGAAUUGGUUUUGAAAGUUAUCUUGCCAAUGGAAAAGAAAUUGAAAUUUCUUGGUAAAUGGUCCCAUACUUGGGAGGGUCCUUUCCAAGUGAUAGGAACAUAUUCGGGAAAUGCUUAUCUGAUUAAAGAUAUCGAGUCAGAAAGAGUAAUUAACUCGAUUAAUGGAAAAUACUUGAAGCAAUACUAUUGUUGGCAGAAUUAA